CGAACAGACCCAAUGAAAUUGUAGAUACUCUAGUGAAUUCUCUCACUUUCGAGAACUCAGCUGUGUAUGUUGAACGCGGCCAUUGUAGAACCGGCCUUAUCGGAAGAGCCAGUCAAACGUCAAACCGAGUGUCGCAAAGUGUCGUAAAGUGUAGUCGGGCGUGUUCUUUUCAUUCGUAUCAGAGUCUGUUUACUUACUAUUAAAUAUAAUACGUCAUUCAAAUAAACGUACUCCAAAUAAAAAAAGAAGAUCUGAUUACGUUGUAACAUUUGGGUGUUGUAAAGAAUAAUCUUUUAAAUGUAAUACCGCACAGAUAUGUGCUAUAACUUGGAUAGACGUGAUUUCAGAGAUCGAGGACACUGAGAUAUAUUAUAUGGAGCCGUGGCAUUGAUUAAUUUGGAAACCAUGAGCGGAAGGCAUGGCUGAACGCAGCAGCGAUCUUUACGAACAACAGCUUCUUGCUGUAUUUAAAAGCUGUUUGACAAAAGGAGAGGAUGAACUCGAUGAGAAUGAUCUACUUUCCAUUUGCACGAAAUUGCACCUCGACGAAUUGAUCGAGGAAUUGAAAUUGUGCAUCUGCAAACAUCGUCCGAAUAAACAAACGAUAUCCUUUCAGGAAUUCCGAGAUGGCUUGUUACUCUUGUUGAGAAAAUUUCAAGGAUUAAUAACCGAUAAACAACAUAUCGUACAACCAUAUCAUAAUUUAAACAUAUGCUCUCUCGAUAUCGAAAAAGAUCAAGCUUUACCACUGGUCACGAGUACUUCGAGUACGGUUCGUCUUCGAGAUAUGAAAGCUAACGUUAUCAUGGAUGAGAAUAGAUUGAUACGCCUAUGGGAGAGAGUUAAGGUUUAUUUAAGGGGAAACACAGAUUCUACGACGAUGCACUUUAUAUCGAGUUGCUUAGAAAUUCCUGAACUCCCGAAACAGAUAACGGAAUCUAUCUUUGAAAGUCUCGAUCAAAAUUGCGAUGGGUUGAUAAGCUUCGACGAGUUUGUAGUUAUAUUUCAAAAGAGAACAAGUAUGAAGGCUUUGCAACGCGAGGAUACCGCGUUGUCUCGUAACAGUAUCGUAGAUGUAAACUAUGAUGUAGAUACGUUAGAUUUUAAUACACGCACGUCUUGUGAAAUUAAUCCGAUGCGGACUACGAGAGAUUCGGACAAGUCGGAAAAGGAAAAGGUCGUCGCUGGUGUUUCUGACGCAAUUGCGGUAUCGUCCAGCAGAGAUCUCGAUGCUUUGGAUACGAGCCUCGCGGAAAUAGCAAAUAUCAUAUGCGACGAACUCAAGAGUUUGAAUGAAUCGUUAGGUAAUAGCACGAUUCAAACUCAUAUACGUUUAUUACGAGAAAUGAUGAUUGUCCAUCAGGAUGAGCAACGUAAUUUAACCGCUACGAUAGAUAACAUGAAGGUGGAAAGAGAAAAGAUGCGGAUUGACAUGUUGGAAGCUAAUGAACGGGCGAAUUUAUUGGCACAGGAGAUUGAUGAAUAUCAUGUUCACGUGGAAAAGACGAAGAAGGAUUUACAGAGGCAGAGCGAACAACGUUAUGCUGAAAUCACGAAGGAAUUGUCGGAUCAGCUCAAUAUCGAACGGGAGAUGGAUGCCGCGACUCUAAAAUCAAAGGAGGAUCAGUUACUGGCGCUGCAAAAGGAGAACCACGAUAUGAGGAAUAAAGUCGUAGAUAUUUUGCAAGAGAGUCAAAUGCUCGAAGCGGAAAAUAAAAUGCUUCUUAGCCAGAUCGAAAAGUUGCGGCAGUCUAAUAACGAUUUGUUAACACAAAUAAAAGUAUUAGACGCGGAGCACGAUGAGAUACAAAGCAUAGAGGCGAAGCAACAGGAACAAGUCAACUUCUUCGUCGAUCGUAUUAAACAGUUGCAAUCCGAAGUGACUCUCUUGCGAGAUCAGAAUGAUGAACUUGGCGCGGAAUUGGAAAACUUGAGAUGUUACGGCAAGGAUACGAGAUACGAGAUGCUCGCGUCGUCGUUGGCGUACGAUUUACAGCUGGAUGAGAACUCUUGCCACAUGGCGCAAGAGUUUCAAGUGGAUCGGCAAAUCAAGCACGAGGGAGCGUCGUACGAUGGCUUUGGUACAUCGAUGAAUGGCCAAGGUCAAACCGAUACGUCGCUUGGGGAUAUGAUUGUAAAGGAUUUGGAAAAUGUAUUGUCAACGAGUGCGAAAUGCCUGCCAGAAAAGUGCGCUUUGAGAGAUGGUAUAUCGAGCGUGAUCACUGGCCUGCGAUCGAGCUUUGCGUUACAACGUUGUCCCUCACGGGAGAACGUUCCUUUCGGAAAAAGUAUUGCAUCUGAGCUUGAAGUCGACGGUGAGGAACGAGCCAACGAGUCCUCGCGAGACUUGGUCGUUUCGAAAAUACCGAAGCCACCUUCCGCGAAACGCACAACACGGUCCACGAGCGCGGAAGAUUUGGAUACGUUUGCUGGUCAAGAUGCAAAAAAUCUAACGCAAACCAAGGCAACGAGUCUUAGAGAUUAUCCACCGCGAAAAGAAGAACAUUUCGUGGAUCAGUGCAAGGCUAACAAGGAGAGACAUAGUCACCCAAAUGUUACCAAAGUCGAAAGUGUUGCACCAAACGUAGACGUGUUAGAGCGUGAGAAGAAGCACGUGACCGAACGUUGUCGGGAACUCGAACAAAGUUUAGAUUUAUUGAAAGCGGAAUACGAGGAAUGUGAGGAUUAUUGGGCUGCCAAAUUAGAAGAAGAGAGACAGCUCUUUGAGCAAGAACAAAAAAUAAGCGAUGACAAGCUUGCCGAGCUUAUUAAUAAGAUAACAGAGUACGAAGAAUUAAUUAGUCCCUCGGAUAAAUCAAAAAGUAAUGGACGAUUGUCUCCUAUAGAAGAAAAGUUUAACUUGGAACAACAGUAUAUAGAGCUCGAAGAAGAAUUUGAGAAAUGGAAAGUAAAAACUGAUGUUGAUAUCUCGCAGAAGAAUCUUGAAAUUGGACAUCUCCGUGAAAAGUUAAGACUGAUGGAACAACCACGUACAAAUGAUUCCUACGUACAAGUACCGGAUGAAAUUUCCUUAGCAACCUUCUCGGAUUCGUCGCCGUGCAACGCUUCCAGUACGUCUAGUAUUCCGUCAACGAACGAAAUGUUCGCGACGAUGGAUUUAUGUGGUACAAACGUGCAAACGUGUCAUACCUCGGCGGACGUUCCAUUGUCCAACACGCUUAACGGGUUGUUGAAACAAAACGAUCACAUCGAUGGACAUAAUCUGUAUAAUACAGGGCAUACCGAAUGCCCUAUAAAAGUAAUGAAAGGUAUAAGUCGAGAUCAAAAGAUGUAUCACACGAACUCACAUGUUGCUGCUAAAACUAUGUUAGCGAUGAAAGAGGAAGAUGAGGAAGGCGACGCGGACGUCAACGUGAUACGUGACGUAAUGAAAAAAACCAGCUGUACAUGCUCGCAGAGUACGAGCCAGCGGCAAGUAGGUUGCGUCGAUCUAAACAUUUUUCAAAACUUGAAAGUGAAACUUUACGCACAAGAACGCAAGAAACGGCACUUGCAGCGUUAUAUUAAACAGCAGCGGCAGUACAUUGAAAAAUUGUUGCAACGUAUUAUGGUGCAGCACCAGACGGAAGUAUGCGAAUUACAGUGCCUUCUCCGUGAUACCCAAGAAAGACUUCAGAUACAAGUUCAAACAACUGUCGAUCAGGCUGAUAAAUUAGCGAGUGCUGAUAUCGUGGUGAAGGAUUUGUACAUAGAAAACGCAUGUAUAACGUCACAUAUGAAGCGCUUGCAAGAACGAUGUCUCGUCUUAACGGGCCUUGACGUAGGGUCGACUUCGAUGUGAUGUCUACAAACAGCUGUUAUUUAUAUACAGUUGUAAUAAAAAUCAACGUCUCUUUGUACGUAUUGAAUAAUGUAUAUUUAUUUCAUUAUAUAAAAUUAUUACGUAACGAUAUAAAGGUGAUAUCAUAAGGCCACGAUAUAACUCAGGGAUACGAACGGUCAGAUGAUGUAUGUUGUAACACGGGUGCCUUCAGUUUUUACGUUGACUUCAAACUAAAGUGAGAGAUUUGGCUUUAAUAUAUAUCGAGAUAUCAUAGACGUAAUGAUUAAUCUACAAUUUACGAACGAUUGUUACGAUAAAUAGCAGAAAAAUGUAUGUAGGCAGAAUUAAUCUACUAUAUAUUUAAUACAAUAAUGGCACGAUGGUUUUUUGUAUAGUACGAUGUAAGUGGAUAAAACAUGAAGCACGGUAACACGCUGAUAUUUGUUAUGUUGAGAUUUUAUGUAUAUGUGUAUAAUAUUAAAACCAUUGUAUAUGAUUUUAAUCGCAUUAUAUAUAUAUAUAUAAUGGUACGUUAUUGCAGUAUUCUGUGCCAUAAUGUUUAUAGAUAAACAACAGUCGGAAUGUUUGUAUCGUAAUGAUAUUAGAAUCUUCCUUCGCGUUAAACGUGCUUCAAGCUUAACAAGUUGCACGAUAAAAUACUAUAUAUUUCACUACGUAUCUUAUCAAUAAGAUGUUUAGAAUAAGCCAAGUAUUUCUAUAGCAAGUUGUUAAACACUUGGAAGAAUGUAACGUACGUUUGUAAAAGAAAUGUCGCCGUCUUCAAAAGGACUAGCUGUCAAGAAUCAUGUUUAUUAUAUUUUGUGCAUAAGCACAGACUUGAAUCCAGUUGCACCAGUUUUUUAACGUAAAACCGAGCGGGCAUACUCUGAUACACGUAUUUCAUUUUGUAUAGUUGUAGUAAAAGUUAUGGAAUAUAUACUAAAAUCGUAUGAUAAAUCUCACUUGUUUGUAUAUGAAUAUAAAUAUAAUUGAUCAGCGUGUGUGCAUAGAUGAACUAAUAGCGUGUGUGUGUGUGUUUUACUACGUAUUUAAUGUCUGAAAGUUACAAAAAAAAUCAUAUUUGUCAAAAAAUUUUUUAUUAAAAAAGCAACCUUUAACA